UACGAGUUAGAGUGGUUGAGGUUAUGUAUGGCUUCGUAUUAUUCCAUAGUAUUAUUGUUUUCGUAAAUAAUGGCUAACUUUACAACAGACGGGAAAAUCUGUAUUGAAAGAGAAAUUGAAGUAACAAAUAGUGAUGGAUACAUCGACGAUGUGGUGUCGCAGUUUGAUAUCAUUCCAACGUGCAAAUGGAUCGAGGACAACAAAUAUGAAAGGGUAUGUUUGCAGUUCCCAGACGAGUUGUUGGGUGUCAGCGUGAAGAUUUACGAGGAAAUAAAGAACAGAGUUGAUGUUGACUUGUACAUUCUCGGAGACACGUCAUAUGCAAGCUGCUGUGUAGACACGGUAGCAGCCAUGCAUGUGAAAGGCGAUGCCAUCAUCCACUACGGCCACAGCUGCUUCUCCAAGUGGAAUAUUCCGGUGUUCACGGUACUGCCUAAACAGAGUCUAAACGUGGAAGCUGCUUUGACAAUGCUGAAGGAAAACCCCAGCUUUGUUGAUGAGAAACUUUGCUUGUUUUAUGAUGCAGAGUUUUAUCAAUGUAAAGAAAACCUGACAAAAGCCUGGUUCACACACUACCCCAACCACUACAUAGCCGACAUUUCUAUAGAAGAGCAGGACCACAGGUUUCUGGGCAGAGUGGUCCGGGACGCGAGUGGCCAGGCGCAUGCUAGUGAAGUCCUCAAGGACUGUGUCUGCAUCUAUUUGGGCUCGAAAGGACAAACAUUGUUUAAUUAUACUAUAUCUGUUGCAGCAAAAGAAUGGUAUCUCCUAGACCCCGGCAUAACCCUGUCCCGUAUGGACGAAACCUCCUGGUUCAAGCGCCGUCGCUUCCUCGUGGAGAAGUGUAAGGACGCCACAGUGAUCGGCAUCCUGGUGUGCCAGCUCGGAGCCAACACCAAGGACAUCAUCUCGAGGCUAAAGCAGCUGUGCAAAGUUAAUGGGAAGAAGAGUUACAUCGUGUCUGUUGGCAAGCCCAAUGUUGCUAAGUUGGCUAAUUUUCCUGAGAUUGACAUCUACGUAAUGGUAGCCUGCCCUGAAAACGAUCUCUACAGCAACCGCGACUUCUACAAACCCAUAGUGUACCCGUUUGAGCUGGAAGUUGCUCUCAACUCCAACAGAGAGCCUUAUUUCACCACCCACGUCACCGAUUACGGAGACCUACUCCCUGGUAGAAAAUACUACUGUGAUAUUGACCAUGUGAAAGAAUUGACAGAUGUAAGUCUAAUAACAGGAAAAAUCAGAGAGACUAAACUGAACCAUGAUGGAAACGGCAUGGAAUUAGAAGCAAAAACCAACUGGGCAUUAGAGAACAUUGGGCAGAAUUUACAAGAGCGCUCCUGGCAGGGACUGGAGCAGAAACUGGGCGAGACUGAAGUGAAACUAGCGGAGCAGGGAAGGAAGGGCAUACCGUUGCAGUACAGCAAUGAGCCGGAGUGAUUUUUAAUUGAUAUAUUUUUAUUAUUUACAGUACAAAGGGUUUUAGUCUAUGACGUUGUAAUAAAUAAUGAAAGAAAUUA